GUUCCCUGUUCCGCUGCUAGGGGGCGGUGUGGGUCACCAUGCUGAUACAGUAAUAUGGCGGUCUGAUGUAAGCAUAAUGCGAGUUUUAGCCUCAGUUAAAACAACGCGGGUGAGGUUUAUAUUUCGCCGUUCAACAAAGAAUAACGGCCGGUUUUAUAUUUCCGGUAUGUCUCUGCGGCUCCGGUGAUCUUCCACGGUGUCCUACCCGGUAGCGGAGUUUGGGAUUCGAUCCCGAGUGGCCAGGUUCUAGCUUCCCGGAUUCGGUACGAGGCUUUUCAGCCUUCGCCACCGAGGCAGAAGCCUCAUAUUCAUGCAGGCAGCAAAGUCAAAGUGAGAAGAAACUUGCUCCAUACGUGAGAAGGCAUCUGACACCUGUACAAGCAACCCGGGGCCAAUGGAUCCCAUUGACUCCCAACAAGGGCCGGAGAAGUUGUCGGAGCAGUGUUUCAAUUUAUCACUCAGCUCUAAAGGACGGCAACGGAAGAUUAAUCCAAAAUAUUCCGAUUAUGAAACUGAUGGCAUGUAUGGGGGCAAAGAUGGGCAAAAACAACGGAGAAAGAGCCCAGAAGCAGCUUCUAAAAAGACUCCGGCAAAGAGGGGCAAAGCUAAGAAUGCCUCACACCAGACAGAAGAUGGGGAAAAAGAAGCAGCAUUCGAAACGCCUCAAGAGUCUGAAGGCAAAACCUCAGAGGAAACUCCUGAAAAGGCCGUGAGAGCCAGGAAGACCCCGACAAAAAAGACUCCAGCCCGGAAGACCCCCACAAAAAAGACUCCAGUCAGGAAGACCCCCACAAAAAAGACUCCAGCCAGGAAGACCCCGACAAAAAAGACUCCAGCCAAAAAAACUCCUACCACCGAUGGGGGACUCGCAACUGGGGAGGGUGGCAUUGUAGACGCCGUGCAGCAGGAAAACGGGACACCAAAGCCAAAGAGAAAGUACGUGAGGAAGCAGCCGGCACCGGAACCAGUUCCAGAACCACCAUGUCAGGAGGCCCAAGAGGAACCGGAGGAGACCACGCCGAGUGGCCGCCACAGAAGAGGAGCUGCUAAAGCGGCAUUGAAGUACCUUCACAUUUUUGCAAAAGAAGCGCUGAGUCAUCCCAAUGAUGAGUCAGGUUCCCAGGCCGAAGACACCGAUGACGUCACUCGCAAACACUCGCUCAAAGAUCAGAAGGGACGCAAAGGCCGAAAGAGGAAACGUCCUGCCUCUGACUCCGAUGCUGCAGAAGAUGAGGACUUCGUUCCAGGUGUUGAAGAAGAUGAGGACGUUGAAGAAGAAGAAGAAGAAGAGGAAGAAGCAGGGGACUCAGAUUCAGAUUCAGAUUCAGAUUUGGGGACAGGUGGAAGAAGUCCAGGAACUUUCCACGUCAACAGACAGGGAGGCUCGAAAAAGAAAGCCGCCAACGGCCUGGUCGCCAGCGCCAUGAAUGUAGUUUGCAAAUCCACUGACACGACCAAGAAGUUCCGAGAGGAGCACUACAGCAGCUGGGUGUUCCCAGAGUGGGUCCCCUCCAGCAGUCACUGGCACCCUGUACCACAAAGCAAAAUCCUUUAUUUGUUCCAAGUUUUAAAAGCCUUUCUAUUGGUGACCAGGUUCACAGCAGUGCCUUCUCACCCGGAUCGCUGGGACAUGUUGCUGUAUGCAGGUGGGCCGGUCUGGGCCAUGGAGUGGUGUCCUACACCUGACGGUGCUCCCGCAACCCAGUACCUCGCUCUGGGCUGCCAUCGAGGGAUGGACGACCAGCACUAUGUCAACAAGAUGUACUCCGGACCUGGACUCAUUCAGCUGUGGGACCUGGGCAUGCUGGAGUACAACAGCAGACCGGACUCCCAGCCAGCCUUUGCCUACGGCUUGGCCCAGGACAAAGGCUUCAUCUGGCAGCUGAAGUGGUGUCCUGCUGGAGGCUGGGAGCUUCCCAGCUGUGGCAGAAAGGCUCCUUUCCUUCCCCGAGUGGGUCUUCUGGCAGUUGCCACCUCCACCGGUGUGGUCACCAUUUACAGCCUGCCCCACCCUGACGCUCUGCACUCCAACAGGAAGCAAGCCCACUCUGGAAAAGCCAGCGAACAGUUGCCGAUAUACCAGGCACGAGGAGUGUUAACACUGAAGCUGGGCUCCUUCAAAGCCCCUCGCCAUCAGAGGAGUGGACAAGUCCUGUCUAUGGAUUGGUUGCCUCAGAAACCACACAAUAUAAUGGCUAUUGGAUUUUAUGAUGGUGUAGUGGGCCUUUGGGAUCUGUCCACCAAGUCUUCGCUGUUGCGGGUGCGAGAGCCAGGCGAGUCCCUCAGCCUGCUGCCCUAUCGCUGCCUCCUGGCUCACGACCACGCCGUCCGGGCCCUGGCCUUCUGUCCCGCCUCCAGAUACCUGUUGGUGACAGCCGGAGAAGACCGCUAUGUGAAGACAUGGGAUCUGAGGAGGCUCCAUGAUCCCAUCACCGUGCAGAAACGCUAUCUAACCAAUGAGAUCUACUGGCCCCUGAAUGGACCUGGCCUCCUUUUGGCCCAGGAGAACGCCUAUGUACCGUAUGCUUCACAAGGAGUGCAUUACUUUGACCAUAGCAUGCGCACCUUCUUCGCAAUUCCUCGGACAGGCACUGUGUGGUCCUUGUCUUUCACUGACUGGAUGAACAGUGUGGUGACAGCAGACAGCUUUGGUGAGGUGAUCUUCUCCCUCUUACCUCAGAUAUGCUUCACUCCUCAAUACCUCAAACGCACAAUAGAGAGACGUUUUCCUGUCUACAUUACAACUCUGCUGCCUCACGGUACAAACGAAGAAGAGAAUCCAGAGACGGGAGGAGUGGAGGACGGACAUGCUGCUGAAGAGAAGGAAGGAGGAGAGACAGAAGGACCGGAUGCUGAAUCGGAAGAAGGGAGUGAACAUGAAAAUGGAAAUGGAGAAGGAGAAGAAAGAGUAAGAAGGGAUAAAGGUCUCCCUCUGCCGUUGCAGACGUACAAAGAGGCUGUGAAGAGAUACUGCCUCCUCCAUACAGACUUUAAUAUGAGGACCUUCAAAGAAAGCGAGAAGCAAGCUGUGUGGAAACACAUGAAAGACACUGAGGUGAAGAGAAAGCUGAACCUGGAUGACUUGCCAAUAGCUGCACUACACAAGGUGCGUUUCAACCCAAACAUGUGCUGCCACACCUGGGUGGUGUCCGCGGGCCAGACGGGGCUGGUCAGACUAAACUGUCUGAGGACUAUGAUCACCGCUCACGCCAAGGAGAUAAUAGGCGAGAACCAGGCCCAGUUCAACGCACUGUACUCUCCGAAAGAGCCGAAGGAGGCCAGCCAAACUGGGACAGACGAGCUAUAGCAAGAGUUCAGAAUCACAAGGUGGAUCACAGACACACAAAGCCUGCAAAAAGUCUUUUUAAGAAUCAU